AUGAGAGUGUUCCGUGGCGAGCUCAAUUUGGUUUCCAAGCAACUACAUCACUUGAUUAGACACAUCAACCGGUGCCUUCUGCAUGGUGUUUGGCUACCAUUGUGUUCACCAGUCAGUCUUAGAGCACUUCAGUGUCAAGAUCCUUUUAUGUCCGACUUUGAGUUAUCACAGGUAAAUGGCACAGUCUGUCCUAGCAAAGCCUCACUCACACCAACUCUAGUCUCAAGACUAAGGAUGCUGUGGAGGCACAUAUCCAAAUCCCGCACACAUUUUGAAACAACACCAGACACAGGCUUCAUUGGUAAAGGAGUUACAAGACAUAUGAAUCGUGCUUGGAACUAUGUCAUGAAGGGCAUUGUUGGCACAUUACUUCUCACAACUGUUUUCCCUCUCACUUGUCUUCUUGUAUCUAUGGGAUCAAUGGCAAUUGCUAUUGCUGCACCCUUCUGGGUACCUGCAUGUGUUCUCCUUACUCACAUUGUGUGCAUAAUCAUAUAUGACUUGGACUCACCCACGGGUAUGAGGAAGUGGAGUCCAGUUAUACAAGCAGUUGGACUUCAUGUCAUCAUUCUGGGCAUCUUGCAACCAGUACUAGCAUUCUUCACUGCAACAGUUGUUUGUCCAGUAUUUGCUGCCAUCGUUCUGCUAUGUAAGAAUUUUUGUCUUGAAUACAUUCCAUUGACUUGUAUGAAAAACAAGAAAAAAGUGUAUGAAAAGGAUUACGACACUUUGGGAUACAGUAUGUUUCAUUCAGUUAUCAAGAAAAGGGGCAGAAUCCCAGCUUCUGAUAGUUUCCUGGUCAAACGCAUUGCUGGACCUGGGCUUCACAACAACUUCUUCUAUCAGAUAAGCUGUGAACAAGCACUGGCAGCAUUUGAAGCUAGACUAGAAAUGGAUGAGUUAGCUGUCUACCAAAGAGAAACUGAAACAAUUAUAUAUAAACCCCUUGUUGAAUACACGGAUUAUGUUCAGCGAUUUUUUUGGCCCCUUCAGUGGAGUCAUUGGUAA